AUGGUCGCCGAAACCGUCGUCCCCGACCGCGUCCCCGAGGACUCCCUCCAGCCGGGCUACGAUGAGAAGGAGCCUCAUAUCGACCUCGACCUCAAGUCAGAGGCCGACAGCGAGGAUGAUCGCAUCACCGAUCUCUUCUCCAGCUUCCCGCCUUCCAAGGGCGUCGAGCACGAGCCCAACCCUCUGACUGCCCGUGCCGUCAUUGUCGGUAUCGUGCUGGGUUCUCUCGUCAACGCUUCCAACGUCUACCUCGGUCUCAAGACUGGUUUCACUUUCCCCGCCACCAUGUUCGGCGCCAUCUUCGGUUACGGCUUCAUCCUCAUGUUGACCAAGGCCCUGCCCAACGUCCCUCUCCUCGGCGGCCGCUUCGGUCCCCAGGAGAACUCCAUCGUCCAGGCCGCCGCCACCGGCGCCGGUGGUAUGUCCGGUGUCUUCGUCGCCGGUCUCCCCGCCAUGUACCGUCUCGACCUGCUCUCCGACGACCCCAAGAAGGAUUUCGGCCGCAUCCUCACCAUCACCCUCGUCUGCGCCUUCUUCGGUCUCUUCGCUGCUGUUCCCCUCCGACGCUUCUUCAUCAUCAACGUUGCGCGCGAGCUGAACCUUGUCUUCCCCACGCCCACCGCCACUGCCAUGACCAUCCGAUCCAUGCACGCUGUUGGUUCCGGUGCUGCUGAUGCCGUCCGAAAGAUCAAGUCUCUCGGCAUUGCCUUCAUCGUUGCCCUUCUCAUCAUCUGCGUUGGACAGUACGCCGACGGUAUCCUCCACAACUGGCACAUCUUCACCUGGUUCUACGUCUGGUCCGGAUACACUGCUACUGGUCUCCUCCAGCCCGAGAACUGGGGCUGGUACAUCCAGCUGACUCCCGCUUUCUUCGGCUCCGGUAUCCUCGUCGGUCUCAACGCCGCCUUCUCUUGGUGGGGAGGUACCGUUGUUGCUUGGGGUUUGAUCGGUCCUCUCCUUGUCCACUACGGCGAGUGCAUUGGUAUCGAGGUUGGUGAGGGCAAGUGGGAAGGCAUCACUCGAUUCAGCGUUAUGACCGGUGUUGAUAAGCCUGGCUACGUCCCCUCUCCCCGAUACUGGAUGCUCUGGCCCGGUGUCAUGGUCCUCAUGGUCUACUCCCUCAUUGAGUUCUUCCUCCACGGAAAGGUUGUCUGGGACGGUGUCAAGUUCGCCGUCCGCGAGUCUGCCCGCUCCAUCAACAACCGCCUUGUCGCCCGCGGUUCUCACAACUCCUGGUUCGCCAAGCAGGCCGCCAAGGCCGAUGCCGAUGGUGGUGUUGAGGACUUUGCUUCCGCUAACGAGCAGGUCCCUACCUGGGUCUGGGUCACUGGAACCAUCUUCGCCCUCGUCCUGGCCAUGAUUGUCACCGAGGUUCAGUUCCACAUGAACGCUGGCCUUGCUUUCCUCGCCUGUAUCCUCGGUGUUAUCUUCGCCUUCAUGUCCAUCUACGGUGGCGCUGUCACCGAUUGUGCUCCUCUUACUGCCUCCGCCAAGGCUUCUCAGCUCGUCUACGGUGGUAUCACCAAGGGUCACUUCGACGUCAAGGCCGCUCAGCGAAUCAACCUUGUCGCCGGUAACAUCGCCUCCGGUACUGCCGACGUCGCCAACUCCCUUGUCAGCGACUUCCGAGUUGGUUUCCUCCUCAAGACCCCUCCCAAGCUGCAGUUCUACGCCCAGGCCAUGGGUACUCUCGUCUCCGUCUUCCUGGCUCCCGGUAUCUUCGUCCUCUUCAUGUCUGCCUACCCUUGUGUCUACAAGCCCAGCGACGACCCCGCUGAUAUCUGCCCCUUCGCCGCUCCCUCCGUUGCUGCUUGGCAGGCUGUUGCCACUGCUGUCACCAUGCCCAGCAUCCCCAUUCCCAAGUCCUCCGCCUACUUCUCCAUCGCCAUGGGUAUCCUCUGUGCUAUCCAGGCCAUCGUCAAGCACUUCUGGCUCGUCGGCUCCCGUGAGAAGUACCGUGACUGGCUCCCCAACUGGAUGUCCGUCGGUGUCGCCUGGGUUCUCGGCCCCGACUCCGGCUACGCCAACGCCAUUCUCUUCGGUUCCAUCACUGCCUGGUGGUGGCGCAAGUUCUUCAACAACCAUUACGAGAUGCACGCUUUCGCUAUCGCUGCUGGUUUGAUCGCUGGAGAGGGUUUCGGUGGUGUCAUCAACGCCGCUCUCGAGCUCGGAAAGGUCAGCGGUUCUUUCAAGGGAACUGAGAUCGCUCUCCCCGGUGCUGAGUGGUAA